GAGACCACCACGCACCCCACCCCACCCCACCCACGCGCCUCUUCCACCGGUCACGCCUCGCUCCCCUCCGGCCACCACCGGCGCCUGACUGUCGCAUGGCGCGGGCGCUCUCCUCCCGGGCGGCGGCGACCCUGACCCGGCGGCUGGGGGCCCGGCCCGCGGCUGCGGCCCUGGGCCGGCGCGCCAACCACACGCGGCGCCCGGGCGGCGCGAUGGUGCUGGAGCUGGACGCGGCGGGGGCGUCGCCGGCGGCCGCGGAGGGCUCCGCGGGCGCGCUCAAGCGGCGCCUCGAGGAGGCCAUCGACGGCGCCAUGGCCCGCAUGUCGGAGCCCGAGUGGGCGCCCUUCCGGCCCGGCACCUCCUACUACGCGCCGCCCCGCCCCGCGGGGGCCGCCCUCGGCCUGCUCGAGCUCGUCACCCGCGGCGGCGGGAUCGGGGUGCUCCCGCCCCCGCUCUCCGACGACGAGGCCCGCGCCGUCGCCUCCUCCUCCCGCGGCUACCCCUGCUCCGCCUACUUCGUCGACGGACGCUUUCCGGAUGAAGAGGCGGAGGGAUUCGUAGAGGAUGCAGAUCUAGCUCAAGAGGACUGAACUGGAACCACUAGUUUCAUUGCACUGGGUGAAGUGGGGGAUCAAGAAAGACCUGUCUGUUUUAUGUUUUUAUUAUUACCUAUCUAUGGUUUCUUGCUACUGUACAUAUGUAGAACACAUGAAUUCAUGCCCUUUCAUGAGGAAAUAAGAACUUAACUGAAUUCGUGUAACCUUUUCUUGUCAUGUGCAACACUCGUCAAUAUCGAGAUCAGUAGUACUGUGUCUUGGAUCA